AUCCGGCUCGAGGAAGUGACACCGAGAAGCGUCCGCGUGCGCGACUCGCCGCCCAGGAAGUGCGAUGAACCGUCUUCCUCUGUUGCUUUUGCGGGCGGUGCGCGCACAAUGUUCUAUUUCCAGCGUCGAGUUUCAAAAUGAGUAAGCGGAAAGGUGAAGCGAUCAGUGGCCCCACGGCUGUCAAGAGCCGCAGAGCGGCCGCUGAUACGGAGCAUCAGAGCCCUUCAGCCAGCAGGGGCCCUUCAUCCAGCAGAGGCCCUUCAUCCAGCAGAGGCCCUUCAUCCAGCAGGGGCCCUUCAUCCAGCAGGGGCCCUUCAGCCAGCAGGGGCCCUUCAUCCAGCAGAGGCCCUUCAUCCAGCAGGGGCCCUUCAUCCAGCAGGGGCCCUUCAUCCAGCAGAGGCCCUUCAUCCAGCAGGGGCCCUUCAUCCAGCAGGGGCCCUUCAUCCAGCAGGGGCCCUUCAUCCGUCUCGGGAGAUAUCGGCCUCAUCGAGAGCAUCACUCUGAAAAACUUCAUGUGUCACCAUUUGCUCGGCCCGUUCAAGUUUGGACCCAACGUGAAUUUCAUCGUCGGCAACAAUGGAAGUGGAAAAAGCGCAAUCGUGACUGCAUUGAUCGUAGGCCUGGGUGGAAAGGCAACCGUCACAAACAGAGGAAUGUCCCUGAAGGAUUUUGUUAAAAGCGGUGAGAACACUGCAGAUAUAAUAGUGAAGCUGAGAAACAGAGGACCAGAUGCGUUUAAGAGGCGCGUCUACGGCGACAGCAUCUCCAUCGAGCACCGUAUCGCCAGUGAUGGAUGCCGCACCUGCAGAUUGAAGAACAAAUCAGGACAACUUGUCUCAAACAAGAAGGAGGAGCUGACUGCCAUUCUGGACCAUUUCAACAUCCAGUUGGAUAAUCCGGUGUCCAUUCUCAGCCAAGAAAUGUGUAAACAGUUCCUGCAUUCAAAAAGUGAAUCCGAUAAGUAUAAGUUCUUCAUGAAAGCAACUCUGCUGGAACAGAUGAAGAGAGAUUACAUCCACAUCAAAAACACUAAAACAGUUACACGGCAGCAGGUCGAGAGACAAGAGGAGUCUCUUAAGGACCUGAAGCAAGAGUUUCUCCAGAGGAAAGAGCGGUAUGAAAAGCUGCCGUCCUUCAGUGAGAUGAAGGCGGUUUUGGAGAAUCUCAAGAAAGCGAUGGCGUGGUGUUUGGUCAGAGAGAAGGAGCAGCUUGUCCAGCAGCUGAAGGAGGACUUUGAAAAGGAAGUUAAUAAUCACAAACAUCAGGACAACCUUCAGCUCUGUCAGUCUAAGCUCACACAAGUAGAGAAGAGGAUCCAGUGCAUCGAGAGCAGGGUUGAUGGCAUGAGGCAGGAACGAGAGACUCUGUCCCGAGACAAUCUGAGGUUGAGAGAGCAAGUGAAGGUCGUUGGCAAAGCUCACAAGGAGCAGGAGCUGGUUUAUUUCCGAGCUCUGAACAAGCUGAAACAGUCGGAGAAUGAGCAAAACCUUCUCCGGGAGAGAAUUGAUAAGGCAAAAACAAGUGUAAACCUUGGCGAGGAUGGAAGCACAGAAUAUUCAAAACAGCAGAAGACAAUAUCCAGCCUGAAGGAGCAGCUCGCGCAGCUUGAGACAAAUUGCUCAAAGUUGAAUCAAGAGAUUAAGAACAAACAUCAGGCACUUUUCAAUGGAAGGGAAGAGCGCGACAAGCUGAGAUUGGAGGAAAAAAACAUCCACGUUGCGUACGAGUCCAAACUGAGGAGGAAGAAUCAGAUCCUCGCCAGUCGAUCAAACACACUGAAGCGAUUCGGAGAUCAGGUACCCGACCUGUUGUGCUCCAUCGGCGAGGCGUACGCCACGGGGCGCUUUCUCAAGAGACCCGUUGGCCCAAUAGGGGCGUGCAUCAGCCUGAAGGAUCCCGUGCUGGCCGUGGCCGUGGAGUGCUGCCUGCGGAGCUUCAUGAAAGCUUUCUGCUGCGACAACUACAAAGACGAGGCCGUCCUCCAGGAGCUGAUGUGUCGCUAUUAUCCAAAGGGCAACAGGCCGCAGAUCAUCGUCAGCUCUUUCUCUGAAAAAGUUUACAACAUUCACGGACGGUCAGCAGCAUUUCAGAUUCACCGACUUUUAUCCGGAUGCAUUUUGUAUUUAGUUUUCCUUUCUCUUGUGUUUCGUAGGAAAGCACAUUAUCCAGAAUGCCUUUCUGUGCUGGACAUAAUCACAGCAACAAACCCGGUCAUCAUCAACUGCCUGAUUGAUAUGAGGGGGAUAGAAUCAAUUCUCAUUAUCAAAGAUAAAGACAAGGCGAGGAGGGUCAUGCAGCAAGGUCAGCCUCCUAAAAACUGUCGCGAGGCCUUCACUGCCGAGGGCGAUCAGGUGUUUUCUAACCGUUAUUACACCUGCGACUUCAGCAUAGCCAAGUACCUCGGUGGGGAUCUUGAGACUGAAAUAAGCAUGUUGGAGACCGAUCUGGCGAAUCACCAGGCUAAGCUGUCCACGUUUCAGCUCCACGUGACCUCUGUGACUGAGGACAUCGUGAACAUGGAGAGACAUCUGGACAGCGUCGUCAUCUCCCUGAAGAAGACUCUGGUGUCUGUGAAUCAAGUCAAGGCAUCAAUAACUGAGCUGGAGAGUGCUGGCGAGGAGCACAUCGACGACCUCAAAACCUUGGAAGAAGUCGCCCAAGAGAACCGACAGAAGAUGGAGGUAGAAAACCAGACAGUUCAUGAGGCAAAGAAAGAGCUCAACAAGCAUCGCAGAGCAGCCGAGGAAGUAGAGUCCAAGUACUCGGCUGUCAGAGAACGGAUUGAUCAUCUUUAUGAGGAGACGGAGGUGUUAAAGGAUGAGCAGCUGAAGCUGGAUGCUGAGUGUGCAAGACACGAGCAAACCCUUAAGAUCUUAGAAACCAAACUGAAGGCGCAUGAAGACAACGUCCAAGCCAUGGAGAUUGAGCUCGCUGAAAGAGAAGAAGAGCUAAAGGAAUGUGUGGGCAAAGCAUCCGAGAUCAGCCCCGAGCGGCAGCAGGUGAGCGGCAGCACCAGGACCAUCGACACCGAAAUCACUCGGCUGAAGAGGCAAAUCAAGGUGUACGAGAGCAACCACGGCGAGCAGGAGCAGGUGGUAAGGGAGUACGCUGAGGCCCUUGCACUCUACAGAGAGAAAACCAACCAAGUGAGAGACCUGCGGGGCUUCAUCGAUCAACUGGAUCACAUCAUGUCAGACAGGCAGAACAGAUACAAAAUAAUGCGUAGGUCAGUCUCUGUCAGAUGCAAGUUAUACUUCAAUAACUUCCUGAUAAAGAUGAACAGCUGUGGCUCGAUGGUUUUUGAUCACAACAAUGAGACGCUCUCAAUCUCGGUGACGCCUCCGGGCAGAGAGGACGACGGUGCGGGCGACAUGAGGUCCCUGUCCGGGGGCGAACGCUCCUUCUCUACGGUUUGCUUCAUGCUCUCUCUGUGGGAAAUCACCGAGUCGCCCUUCAGAUGCCUCGAUGAGUUCGACGUCUACAUGGACAUGCACAAUCGCAGAAUCUCUCUGGAUCUCCUCCUGGAGCUGUCAGAGCGGCAGCACCUUCGACAGUUCAUCUUCAUCACUCCCAUCACCACCAGCAAUCUGCCCAAAACCAGCCUCAUCAAAAUCCACCAGCUUCAGGAUCCAGAAAGAGGCCAAAGUGAAGCGAUGGAUGAAGAGACUGUGCUCUUAUGACAGAAACAUGAAAAGUGACAGAUGAGGAUGAAUUUUCAUGUGCACAGUCGAUAUUUUCAGAAUUCAGCAUUGUUUUACGUGAUUUGGAGUUAUGUCAUUGUUUUUCCACUGGGAUAAGUUCUUGAAUGUGUCUUGUCAUUCCUGCUAUGCAGCCUAUGACGUAUUCAGAAGCUGUUGCGUUUUUUAUAUUUUAUUUUAUGUUUUAAGUUAAACAGAGUGGUUUUUUUUACUGUGUAUUAUUCUGUUUGUGAGGAAGUACACCUUCAUCUAUAAUUCAAGCUAUUUGUUAUAAAUAUAUAACAAGUUCUGAAA